AUGAAUUCACCAGUGCCAUGUCUUCAAGAUGGCUUCACUCGUCCAUUAGGGAACCUGGAGAACUUCUUUAAGUUGCUUGCGAAGAAAGGCAAACCAUUAAAACGUGAGCAUUGGACCGUUCACCUUGCUCUAUGCCUCCAGUUUCCCGGCAUCAUCGCGGAUCCGGUGCCCUAUCUUCGGCGUGCGUGGCAGGUUCUACGGUUGCAGCAUCCCACCUUGGGGGCGACACUACAGUCAAGCAACGAUAUUGCGCAGCCCGCGCCAUCGCGCCUAAUUGCCGGACCCCUAAAUCUCGGUGACUGGGCCAAUCAGACCUUUGUCGUAUACGAUGAAGUCGCUUGUGCUGAUCAACUCUUCCCUAACCUUCUUUCCACGCCUACGGCAACUUGCUACUGGCUGCCGAAAUCAUCCGAACUAGUUAUUAAGUCAUCACAUCGGCGUACGGAUGGCGUGGGGAUGGCGUUACUCGGCCGCCACUUCAUGUUAGCUUUAUCUGGAACGAUACGCAGCGGACAUGACUGUCCGCUGGAAGUCCUAGUUCCGAACAUCGGGAAAGAGCCCUCAGUGCCCCAAGCCUCGAGCAUUACAACUAUUGAGGUCUCGACUGCUUGUAGGAAUAGAGGUAUCAAGGUGACGAGCGCCGUACACGCGGCUAUCGUCCGGGUUACUGCUAACUUUCCGCAACAUCCACUUUCUAAAUCCUACACAGCAUUCGUUCCCGUUGAUUUACGACUUGCAACCGCUCGUACUGCCGCAUCAGACGCCAAAAUCGUCUCGGAGGCUACUGGAGUCUAUUUUUCGGGUCUUCCUUUGUGCAUCAGCUCUGUGCUGCCCGAGGACGGGAAACCUCGGGAAGAGUUCGAGGCUAUCGCCCGUGAGCUAGGCGCUGUUUAUGCCCGAGAUCUCAACCAUUUCUGGACACCGCCUGGAAGUGCCGGCCAGACGAUUAGUUUACUUGACCUCGUAGAGCCAUACGUGCGAUGA